AUGGUGUUUGACGUUGUUGUUUUCUAUGGUAAUCAAUGCGAAAAGCAACAUUCAUCUUGGAAGGAUGAUGAUGCUGCGGAACCAAAGGAAAGGCCUUCAAAGAAGAUCAAAUCUGAAGAACAAGAAGUGACAGUGACCCUGCCAACUACAAAAGAGAAAAUGGAAGUCCCUUCAAAUCAUGAAGCAUCUGGCCAUCCUCAUUUUCUUUGGGUUAUCAAGCCGUAUUCGGUUAAUUGGGGUCAUCUGCAAAUUCCCAGCCAAUUCGCUAGAUCAAAUGGCUGGAUCAAUCGAACCUGCAUCAUUACUGUCAAAGAUCCGCAAGAGAAAUCAUGGUGCUUAGGUUUGAAGACCAGUGGCAAUAAAGUUCGCCUUGGUCGAAGAUCCACUCUAACUGAAUUGUUAACUGAAAAUGGGCUUAAAGAAGGAGAUACCGUGAAGUUUGAGCUAGUAGAAAAUGGAAAAACACCAGUUGUGAACAUCCUUCCUUGCUUCACGGUAGUAGAACCUGAAGAAACAAAGGAUUCCCCAGGCCACUGCCCUUCUUUUACUUCCACCAUUAAGCCUUAUAGCUUAUCAGAAAUUGCAAAUCUGAAUCUACCACUCGAGUUUGCCAGAUCAAAUGAGCUGAUAGAGAAAGAUGAAAUGAUCCUCAUGGAUGAAAGACAGAGGACAUGGCCAGUUAGAUUGAAGCUCAGGACUACCCAUUUUAGCAUCACGGCUGGAUGGAAGGACUUUCGCGAAGCGAAUGAAAUUAAAGAAGGGGAUGCUUACAAGUUUGAACUCAUCGAGAAGGGGAAUAGGAGAACUAAACCUGUUGCGCGCUUCACUAUUGUCCCACAUAGCACACCAAGGUCGUCUGGAAUGGUGGAAAAUAUAGCUAUGUUGGAUCCAACAUCCAAGGACGAUACCAAAUCAAUUAAAGAUCAUGUCAUCCCCAUGGCAGAGUCCCCUGUUGCCCCCAAAUCAAUUACCUACUCUGAGAAAUCAUUUGUCGAUUUACUGAGUCGAAUUGAAGCUUCAAGGAGUAGCAAUAUUUGGAAGCUUGAUUCCAGCAUUAAAUCCAACUGCGGUGCAACAAUGUCCUUCGAUUCAGCUUUGAACCAGGCUAGCGAAAUCCUUUCUUGGUGUCCAACUGAAAUUUUUGGAACAAAUUCAAACAAAGUCGAAAGCAUUGUGGAGACCCUUUUGAACAACUCCCCAAACAAUGACACAAAGAAAGCUCUUGCAGCAUUUCAACAACAUUUUGCGCAAAAUUGCAAAGCCGACAUGGUCUACAAGCCUAAAGUAGAUGAUUAUCUCGACCUGAUGGAGCAGAUUGGGACAGUAGAUAGAAAGGUUGAGGGUUUAGGAAAUGAGUUGAAGAAACUCAACGAAGAUUUUCACAAUGUGACUCGAAGGAAAGCCGAGUUGGAACUCGAGUUAGAGGAGUUGCAUACGCGAGAAAAAGAGUUGAAAAGGCGGAGUCUUUCUACUGGUAAGGCUGCAGAGGAGGCCUUAACUGAAUUAGAAUCUCUUCAAUCUUCUCAUGCUUCCAAAAAGGAGGAGUUCGAUUUGUUGUCGCCUGUCGUUGCUAUGGCUGAUUCUGCUUGCAACAAUCUUAAGGAUGCUCUCCAACAAUUUCUUUCAUCUCGUUCCAUCUCUCUUGGAGACGGCUCCCGAGUCUGA